AUGUCCUGGAACCCUUGGGCCCUCAACGACACCAGCAACCACCAAGCGCCGGCCAGCACGGACCAGGCGCACGGCAACGGGUCUGCCCACACCAUAUCGCACGAAGACACCGUCCGACCGCAGCCACGGAGCGCCGCCCCGUCGUCCGACGUCAAGCAGCUCACGCAGCUGUACUGGCCGUGCGAUGACGCCCCCGACCGCGUCGUGCUCGGCGAGGCCGCCAUUCUGACCCUCAUCAGCGACACAGGCCCCAAACACUCCUGCGAGGUCAGCCCGGACGAUCUAAAGAACAGGAUCCUGCAGCUGGCGUGCGUGGACACGCGGGAGUCGAUGUUCUCGAAGCACGCCCGCGACACCGUCGGCCACUACGUGCACGAGGCGAUGGUGGUUGGUCCGCGCACCAUCCGCGCCCCGAACAGGACGCGGGUCACCUUCUACGCCGUCUUCAACUCCUGCGAGGCCGCCGCGAUCGCCGCGCUGUGCUGGCGCACCGUCAAGCACCACGGCGGCGUCUCCCUCGGGCGCCGCGGCCCUGGCGGCGUCACGGUGGGGCCGCGCGAGGCCGAACGCCGCCUGAACGAGCGCCUCAAGGCCGCGCAGGAGGGCCGGACCGCGCCCCCGCCACUGCCGCCGCCGCCGCCGCCGCCGCCGCCGCUGGAGAUCGAGCCGCGCGCGGACUUCCCGCCGGAACCGCAGCCGGUGGCGGGCGGGCAGGGCGGGUUUGGUUCGGCGAUGGCGCUGGCGACCGCGGCGCCGGCGGCCGACGGGUGGAAGAGGCGGCGGCUGCACCAGGGGAGGUCCCCCGAGGGAGUGCGGUACUGGACGGAGAAUAUGGAGACCAAGCCGUGGUUUCCGCAUGGGCAUGUCAUCGCCGGGUGGUACGAGGAGUGGAAGGGCCGCGAGCGCGUGGACGUCGAGCGUGCGCUGCGGGGCUUCCACGGCGCGCGCGGCGAGGAGUUCACCGUGGACGACCUGACUCGGCCGGAGGACACGCGGCAUUGGUCGUAUCUGUCGCAGCAGCGCCUCGCGACGCUGCGGAGCAUGCGGCUCGACGCGCUGGUGCCGGAAAGUCGCGUCUCGCCGCAGCCGGCGCAGACCCCGCCGGCCCGGCGUGCGUGGACCGGCCGGCUGCACACGCCGUGGACCAGGGCUGGCGAGGAGCCGUCGUGCUGCUGCACGGAGCUGUUCGGCGUGUGCGACAGCGAGCCGAUGCUGCUGGACCCCGUGUACGCGUCGGACGCGCGUCUGCUCAACCACGUCAGCUCUGCCUUGUUGGAGGCUGAGGGACCCAGGAAGGGAACCAAGGCGACACUCAACCCGUCCUUGUUCCCGGGGGCGGGGCCGGUGCUUGCCGCGCAGGACCUUCCGAUCCACGAGCACAUGCCGCGGGACUUGCACUUCCAGAAGAUGCCGGUGUACACGAACGAGACGGUGGACACGGUAUGGGCGCGUCUCAGCGGGACGUGGCAGCCCGACCGGGGGCUGCCGUCGGUGCGCGUGCAUGGGCUCGAUGGAUCGGACGGACCUGGCCGGGAGGCGCUGGCGGAGCUGGCGCGGAGGAUCGAGGAGCUGCCCACGACCGACAACAGCCCUCCAGUGCUGCACUGCAAAGUCAUGUCGCUCGAGGGCUCGGCGCGCUUCAUGGGCGUCCUCGGCAACAGCGAUUCCAACGCCGAGGAGCGCGCGCUCCUGGACGCCCUGCGCGCCCCCACGGAGCGAAAGGCCUGGGUCGACCGUGCGGCGGCCAACAAACAGGCGUCCAAAGUAUACGUCCACUUGUUCCUCAUGGCCAACACGGAGAGCUCGUGCAAGAGGUUCUCUAUGAUCGAUCCCGCGGCCUCGCUCGCCCCGGACGACGCGCGCCCCCCGCUCCUGCUCGUGCGCGUCCCCGCAUGGGCGGGCACCUUCCAGAACCCGGGGGGGGGUCUCGUCGGGAAGCUGGGGCUGAAGCUGUACGGGCACACCGCGGCGCACGCGCUGCCGCUCGCGCUGCACACGGAGACGCAGGUGCCGCUCGAAUGGGCUCUGCGUCAACUGCAGAGGGAGGCUCCGGCCAACGGAGAGUUCUUCCUGCAGUUCGCGGACCCCAGUGGGGGGGCAAAAAAGCAGAUGGAGGCGUGGCUGAAGGGCAAGCCGGAGUCCCGCGCGUUCGUGGUGUUUUAUACCACGCGGUCGCUGAAGCAUCCGGAGAAGGACGACGGAAAGAAGUACUGUUGGCAGUGUCCGGCUUGCAAGCAAAAGCAUCGGCUGAUCAACAGGACCAACUUCUUCCGCCUGCUGAUGAUCCCCGUCCCCGCGCUGCCGCCCGACAAGCUGAAGCAGUACAAGCUAUCGUCGUCGGGCAGCGACGCCUUCGUGUGCCGCAUCGACGCCGUCACGGGGAAGGAGAUGACUCAGGGGGGGGAGGUUCCGGCGAGGUACCAGUCCAUGCCGUCCGACGCGGUCAAGUUCCUCGUCGAGAACACCGCGAAGGCGCUCGAGGGGCGGGCGCUGCUGUACAACGAGUGGCUGUCGGAGAGCGAGACGCCGCGGCAGACGCCCCGCUGGACGCCGACGUACGGGGCGUGA